CAGUGCUGAGUGCUGAUCAACAAUGGCGACGAGAUCGGUCGCUUGUCUUUUCGUGCGGUCGUGAAACGUAUGGCUCGCCGUGCACAAGCGAGAUGCAUGUAAAUAGUGUAAUAUAAAUAUUGUAAAACCGAUAGAAACGUUACUUUCUUCGUGUUACUCCGAGUUCACUUCGCCAUGGCUGAUAAAAGGCAGCACAGUUUGUCGAAAGAGGAGAUAGCGAAGCAGUUUAUGCUGCCGGAGAGGAAGAGCAAGAUCGCAACGUUGCUGAAACAGGAUGGUCAAGCGUAUUGCAUUUGCAGAAGCUCGGACAGCUCUCGCUUUAUGAUAGGAUGCGACGCGUGCGAGGAGUGGUACCAUGGUGAUUGCAUAAACAUAACUGAAAAGGAUGCGAAGCACAUAAAACAAUUUUUCUGUGUUCGUUGCAGAGAGGAAGAUCCGACGUUGAUAACGCGAUACAAGCCACGCAGGACUGACCAGGAUGAUAGGAAACAUAAGAAGUACAAGGAGAAGGAGAGAGCGCACCGAUAUGAGUACGACGCGCCGUGGGGUCCUACUGUGGAGAAGAAAUCCUCCAAACGUUGCGGAGAAUGCACAGGAUGUCUACGUAUGGAAAAUUGUGGAAAAUGUGACGCUUGCAGGCAUCUAAAGAAAUUUGGACCUUCGGUGCGACUGAAGCUCAGAUGCAUCCAACGAACCUGCCGUGUAGUAGGCGAUCCGCUGAAACCUUCGAAGAGUCUUAACAAGGGGACGAAAUUGACCAAGAGGCGGAAGAGGGACUCGAGCAACGAGAGGAACGAGUACUUGGAGCCACCGCGCCACUGCUAUGGACCAGCAUGCACGAAGCAGUCGCGACCCGGUAGCAAAUACUGCUCCGACGAUUGCGGCCUGAAGCUGGCGACGAGCAGGAUCUACCAGGUGCUACCGCAGCGGAUACAGGAAUGGUCGUUGACCGCGUGCAUCGCGGAACAGAACAACAGACGCGCCCUGGAAGCCGUGAGGAAGCAGCAGCACGACGUCCGUAGGAUACUGCAAGAGCUGGAAAAGAGACACGUCGAGUUGGAUCGUAUUGUCGAACGCGCAAAACACGCGUCCAUCGAUCCGCAAGCCGAGGUGGACGACUACGACGACACGGAGAGCAGCAUGUACUGUAUAACGUGCGGCCACGAGGUCAACUCGAGAACCGCCAUUAAACAUAUGGAAAAGUGUUUCAAUAAGUACGAAUCACAAGCGUCCUUCGGUUCGAUCUUCAAGACGCGCAUCGAAGGCCAAGUGAUGUUCUGCGACUUCUUCAAUCCUGGGAACAGGACUUACUGCAAACGACUACGCGUUCUGUGCCCCGAGCACUGCAAGGAUCCAAAGAUCGGCGACACUGAGGUAUGCGGUUGCCCCUUGGUUACGAACGUGUUCGACGCUACGGGGGAAUUCUGUCGCGCGCCUAAGAAGAGCUGCGUAAAGCACUACAUGUGGGAGAAGCUGCGACGAGCGGAGAUCGACAUGGAGAGGGUGAGGCAGUGGUUGAAAAUCGACGAGCUCGUGGAGCAAGAGAGGCAGAUCCGGUCGAACAUGGCGACGCGAGCCGGUGUAUUGGCUCUAAUGUUGCACUCCACUUAUAAUCACGAGUUAAUGGAGCAGAUGACACAGGAACAGAGUAGGGAACAGCUGCAGGCGAUGGAGGAGGAGCUGCGAAGGAGAUAUGGUGUACAUCAGAAGGAGCAAUGCAUGGACCAGUGAUUCUCUACCUUACACUUGACUGAUAUCAUUGCUAGAUCUGUAAUUUUCAGCUGCACUUGCUUACCAUUUUUCAUCCUCCUCCCUUUUUCUCUGAAAGUAAAUGGUUAAAAAAUGAAAAGCGUAAGCAAGCGUAGCUAAACGAAACAGAUCCAGUGUUACUAUUUUAACAUACUCUUUGUUUCGAACUGAUUACGCGUUGCACGGUCAACAGUUUUCCUAACAAUUGUCGAUGUAACUAAUCGCGGACUCGGGAUAAAACGUUGAAGAGCUACAGAAACUUGGUACAAUGGUUGUAAAACUUGUACUGAAAUGUAAUGUGCGUAUAUAUAUGUAUAUUGUGUACUUGUCAAUAGUAUGAUUAAAAUAAUUCCGUAUCGCAAA